UGUGAAAUGUCUAGCUAAAAAUAAUUUAGCUUUUCGUGGAUCUAGUGGAAAACUUUAUGAUGAUUGUAAUGGUAAUUUUUUGGGCUUAAUUGAAAUGAUAGCUGAAUUUGAUUUGGUAAUACAAGAUCAUGUUAGACGUAUUCAAAGCCAAGAAAUUCACAAACAUUACCUUGGUCCUCAAAUUCAAAAUGAGCUUAUUUAUCUUUUAUCUCAUGGUGUUCGGACUUCAAUGAUAAAAAUAUAUAAUAAAAGAGUCAAAAUAUUUUUCUGUAAUCCUUGAUUGUACCCCUAAUGUGAGCCAUCAAGAACAAAUGACUUUGAUAGUAAGAUGUGUGAAUGUAUCAAGUGAUAAAAUCAAGAUAGAAGAGUUUUUUUUAGAAUUCUUAAAAGUAGAUGAUACUUCUGGUUUGGGACUUUUUAAUGUAUUGUUAGAUGUAUGUAAGUCCCUUGAUUUGGAUAUUGAUGAUGUAAGGGGGCAAGGUUAUGACAAUGGCUCUAAUAUGAAAGGGAAACAUCAAGGGGUUCAAAAGAGAUUGCUUGAAAUUAAUCCAAGGGCUUUAUAUAUGCCAUGUGCUUGUCAUAGUCUUAAUCUCACUCUUUCUGAUAUGGCACAUUCUUGUGUUAAAGCUAUUUCUUUUUUUGGAAUUGUACAACGUAUAUACACAUUAUUUGCACAUUCCACUAAAAGGUGGAAGAUUUUAGUUGACAAUGUCCCGAGUUUAACUGUUAAAUCUUUGUGCAAUACUAGAUGGGAGAGUCGAAUUAAGAGUGUUAAAGCUAUAAGGUUUCAAUCUCCUCAAAUUAGAUUAGCUUUGUUGGAAUUUUAUAAUUCUAGUGGUGAUGACGCCGAUAUUGCUAAAACAAAAAGUGAAGCCGAAAGUUUGGCUAAUUCUCUUGCAAGUUUUGAAUUUUUACUUGGCAUGGUAAUUUGGUAUGACAUUUUAUUUGCUAUUAACAUUGUGAGUAAAAAGUUGCAAUCUAAAUCCAUGAGUAUUGGAGUUGUCAUGAACAAAGUGCAAGGUAUGAUCACAUAUUUUGAGAAAUAUAGAAUUGAAGGGUUUGAAUCUAGUUUAAAUACUGCCAAAAUCCUUGCACUUGAUAUGGAUAUAGAGCCAACAUUUCCAAUAAAGCGUCGCAUCACUAGAAAAAGACAAUUUGAUGAGAAUGAGAAUGACGAUAAUGAUGAGGGAAUACAAUCACCCGAGGAAUCUUUUAGCGUAAAUUAUUUUUUGGUGGUUGUUGAUAUUGCAAUAGCUUCUUUGAAAGAUAGAUUUGAGCAAUUGGAGGUAUUUGAUAACAUUUUUGGUUUUUUAUUCGAUGCAAAAAGGUUGAAAUCAUUGGAUAAUGACGAUUUAAGAAAAUCUUGCACAAGUUUUAUGACUACCUUUACUCAUAAUAAUUUUUCGGAUGUUGAUGCAGAUGAUCUUUUUCUGAAUUGAAAGUGUUACAAAUGACUUUGCCAAAUUAUUUGAUGUCAGCAUUUGAAAUCCUUGAGUUUGUCAAAGCUGCAGAUUGUUAUCUAAAUGUUUAUAUUGCCUAUCGAAUCCUAUUAACUAUGUCGGUGACAGUUGCAUCUGCUGAAAGAAGUUUUUCGAAGUUAAAAUUACUAAAGACCUACUUGAGAUCUUCAAUGUCACAAGAAAGGUUGAAUGGUCUAGCUACUUUAUGUAUUGAGAAAAAUAUGUUAGAACAUAUUAAUGUAGAAACUAUUAUUAGUGACUUUGCAUCUAGAAAGGCUCGUAGAAAUAUUUUCAUA